AAUGGCAUCGAAGUUAGCAGAAUACCGCAAGACUCAGGUCCUUAGAUCAGAAAAGCAGAUCAAGGAGGAGUUUGAGAAGCUUCACCGGUUUCUACGAGAGGAGGAGGCAGCCAGGAUAGCUGCACUGAGAGAGGAAGAGAUGUGUUCCGGAGCUCUGAUCAAUGAGGCGAAGCAUGUGGGCAACCUGAAGUUCAGAGUCUGGGAGAAGAUGCAGGGGAUUGUCCAAUACACUCCUGUUACUCUGGAUCCCAACACUGCAGCUGUUAAUCUCAUCCUGUCUGAGGAUCUGACCAGUGUGAGAGGUGGUGAUGAGAGACAGCAGCUUCCUGAUAACCCAGAGAGAUUUGAUGGAAUUGCACGUGUCCUGGGCUCUCAGGGCUUUAACUCGGGGAAGCACUGCUGGGAUGUGGAGGUUGGGGAGAAUAAUGACUGGACUGUGGGUAUGAUGAUCGAGUCUCUCCAGAGGAAGGGAAACUGGCCGUCUGUGACUGGACGGUGGUGUGUGUAUUAUAGGAAUGGUCGGUAUAAAGCACAUGCCCCACCGCAGUCCUCCACUCUCCUCACCGUGGAGCAGAGACCCCAGAGGAUCAGAGUGCAGCUGGACUGGGACAGAGGAAUGCUGUCCUUCACUAACCCUGAUAAUAACACACACAUACACACCUUCACACACACUUUCACUGAGAGAAUAUUUCCAUACUUCCGCACCAUACCAGUCUUGAAGAUCUUACCAAUGAAAGUGAAGGUGACAAUUGCGCCUUGAAAGUCAAUCUGGUGUUAAAUGGUGUUAAAGGCAAAGGUCUGAUUUGUCUUUAGUUUUUCAUCAAGUCCAAACACGGUAUUGCAAAGUAACAUUUCUAUAGUUUUUCAUGACCUUACAUUUCUUUUUAAUUGCUGUGGUUAAUAUUUUUUUCUACAGAGAGUUGUGCUCAUGUCUGUAAUGUUACGCUUGUACGUUUUUUUGUCAAGUAUUUCUGGGUGUUGGUGGCUGAUGCUUAAUACAUUUCCAAUGAUUGACAUUAAUGGUUUCUUUUUGUCAGAGGUUACAUAGACCAAUGACUUAUUACCGGUUGCAUUACCUUUCCUGUUGACGUGUGAUUCAUUCACCUGCCAUGGGAAAGAUGCUUUCCACUUCAAAAGGCAAAAUUA